CUCUCCUCCUCUCAUCUUCUCCUCUCUGCUGUUGUUGUUGCUGUGGCCGCUAGUCUGAGGAGUUCUUCUCUCUCAGCUUGUCAACUCUGCGUCUCCUCUCCUCUGCUGUGCGACAGACAUGAGUUGUGGUGGUGAGAUGGGGGAGGCCAUCGAGCUCAGUACCAGGGAGCACGUGACCCCGGAGAUGAACAAGCUCCGUCAGAGCCUGAGGAGGAAGAAGCCCACCUACGUGCCCGAGGCCAGCAGACCCCACCAGUGGCAGGCUGACGAGGAGGCGGUCCGCAAGGGCAAAUGCAACUUCCCUGUUCGGUACCUGGGGCUGGUGGAGGUGGAGGAGUCCAGAGGGAUGCACGUCUGUGAAGAAGCUGUGAAGAAGCUCAAAGUGAGUGGGAAGAAGACGGUGAAGGCGGUGCUGUGGGUCUCAGCAGACGGACUCAGGGUGGUGGACGACAAGACUAAGGACCUGAUCGUGGACCAGACCAUAGAGAAGGUUUCAUUCUGCGCCCCGGACCGGAACUACGACAAGGCCUUCUCCUACAUCUGCCGAGACGGGACGACCAGGCGCUGGAUGUGUCACUGCUUCAUGGCGCUCAAAGACUCGGGGGAGAGACUGAGCCAUGCAGUGGGCUGUGCCUUCGCCGCCUGUCUGGAGAGGAAGCAGCGCCGGGAGAAGGAGUGCGGCGUGACGGCGUCCUUCGACGCCAGCCGCACUUCGUUUGUGCGCGAGGGCUCGUUCCGCUCGAACCCGACCUGCCAGCAGAGCAGCAGCAGCGACCGAGACGACAAGCUGCAGGACAAGAAGAAAGACCAACCUUCUGCCAUCCCAGCCAUCCCACCUGGCUCCGCCUCCCCGCCCGAGGGCGCGGCGUCCCCCAUGGAGCGGCCGGAGCCCGGCGGGCCGCACGCCAUCCCUCGCCGCCACGCGCCCAUCGAGCAGCUGGUGCGCCAGGGCUCGUUCCGGGGGUUUCCCGCCCUCAGCCAGAAGAACUCUCCCUUCAAGAGGCAGCUGUCGCUGCGCCUCAACGACCUGCCAUCAACGCUGCAGCGCAAGACCGACUUCCAGGACAAAAACCCUGUACCAGAGAUGGAAAUGGGGUUGCCAUGUGAGGGAGACAGUAGUAUCAACGCUCUGUGUAGUCAGAUCAACAACUCCUUCACCAAUCCGUCGGAGGAACUCUUCUGCAAUCCCACUUUGUCUGCGAAUGGUCCUCCAGCCUGCUCGGUGCCCCCUGCCCUGCCUCCUCCACCCGGACCCCUGCAGGGUAAUUCCUCCUGGGUGCAGUCGGACCCUCCCCUCCACUCUCCUCCUCCAGUUUCCGUGGCGAUGCAGAUGCAGAUGCAGAUGCAGAUGCAAAGUGGACACAGGCGCACACCCUCUGAGGCCGAGAGAUGGCUGGAGGAGGUCUCCAAGGCCGUCAAGGCCCAACAGACGCCUCCCCCAGGCCCCACCAUCAUCCCCACCAUCCCUGGACCCCCCUCCAUGUCCAGUCAGCAGAUGUCCACUCAGGCAGUCAUAUCUGCUGCCACAGUGACCACUGUCCCCAUGCCCCUGGGCACCAUGUCCAAACCUCUCCUCUCAGGCCCUUCUGCUCUCUCAGGUCCAGCGCCGAUGCCCCUCCCACCCAUGUCAAUAUCAUCAGUUCCUCUAAUACCCGGCCCACCGGUGUCCGGCCCCCCUAUGUCUCUACCUUCCAUGUCCAUUCCAACAAUGUCCGGUCCGAGCAUGUCUGGAGCCUCCAUGAUCCAGCCCUCCCUCCCUGGACCCCCAGGCUCCCUUCCAAGCUCCAUGCAACCAUUCCCCUUGGCUUUUGAUUCCACCCCCGCUCCUGUGGGAAUGUUCGCCAGCCAGCCUGUCCAGCCGGCGUUUGUGCCCAUGCAGACCUACAUGCCAGGCCUGGCCAGCAGUAUGACAUAUCCCAACGCCAGCGUGCCCGUGGUAGGCAUCACGCCAUCGCAAAUGGUGGCUAACGUCUUCUGCACUGCGACCGGCUCAUCUGGGGCGAGUGGGGUCAUGGGGUCAGCCGUGGGAGGACCCAAAGUGGGGACCCUUGGGAUGGCCGGGCCGCACCAUUCUUACCCAGGAGUUCCUAGUGCAGUUGGGCAUCCUGGAGGGUUUUCCACACCGCCAUUCUCUUCAACUCCGCCAUUAUCAACAGCCAUUAAUGGCCUCCCGCCACACAGCAGCGCCCUUAUGACCCUCCAGAAUGGGACCUCCAACAGUGGCGGGAACGGUGGCAGCAGUAGCAGCUGGCCCCCAGAGGGCAGCCAGCUAACAGCUCCGCCAGCCAGCGAUUCCCAAGACGAUGAUCGCUUUGAGGCCAAGUGGGCGGCACUGGAGGCCAAACCGACGCCUCAGCAGCCGGGGAACAAGGCGCCAGCUGCAGCAGCGAACCCGUUUUCCAACAAUCUUCAAAAGACUUUUGAGAUUGAGCUUUAAGCAAGAGUUGGCCUCCCAAAGCUGCAGCUCUAUUCCUGGAGUUAAAGCCUGAGAACGCCAGGCUUAGAACGGGAUGCAGGUCCUUAAAGUUAGCCUAGCAUCUGUCCUGUGGCGGCCUAGCAACACGCUACAAGCACUCAUAGGAGUCAAUGAUAUAAUGAUCUUAAUUGCUUUCUUUACACUCCCAUGAGAGCUUUGGAGGAAGUUUGCUGGGCUGCCAUUGGAAGAUCAGGUCUCUAGCUAACUAGACUUGAUGGAUUGACUCCUUCCACUCCACCCUCUCCACCCCACCUCCCCUUCUUUCACUCCUCCACUCUGGCUUUACUUUACUUGCUGCAGUCCUUGGAUGUACUGUAUGUGCCCCCCUCCCAUGGAGGACAAUGAGAGGGGCACAGCUCAGUGGUUUCUUUCUUGAAAAGCGGACUCCACUCAGAUGCAUUCCAAACCUAUGAGAUCUUCUUCUCCUGGUGGAGAUUUUGGUGGAGAAUGAAGCAGAUAUGGCUCCAUUGCAAGACAUUUAGAGAGUUGACUUGUUGACUGAUGAUCACAUGCUGCUGCUGACCUUAGCCCAGCACGGCAAACGUUUGGAUACCUGAAAGGACUAGCCAAUGAUAUGAGGCCCAACUCUACCAACCCAAAAGGACUUACUGACUAAUAGUAGAGAUUUAUGGCCAAAUUAUUUUAUUUAUUGUACUUCAUUUUUAUUUUAACAAGUUAUAUAUACUUAAAAAUCAAAUUUUUAAAGCAGUGUUUCAGGAGCGUGUUGUUUUUCAUCCCCUAUAUUUAUUUUUGUUGAACCUUAAAGAGUAGGGAAACUACAGGUAGCAGACAGGAAAUAGGUGUGACUGGCCAAGAGCAAAGCAUUAUGGGAAACCGAGUCAUGUAACAGGAACCAAAUAGCCAGGGCUGGCAUUCAACAGUACCACAUGUGAGAAAGUAAGUGUAUAUAGCGGCAUGUUUCUUCCACCUGUUAUCCCUCAGAUAUAAAGGCCAAUGGAGUCAAUGAGCCCAUUUCCCUUCUUUGCUAAAGCAACUUUCCAGGGUUAGUGGGGCAUGAGGACCCCCUUCAGGAUAUCCAGCACACAGACACUCUGGACUAUACAGCACAAGGACUCCAUCUCCUCCAGACCAACCCAAGGAACUUUAACAACUCAGUGGAAAUGCGAUACAACACUGUGCAACUGGUUAAAAAAUAAUGCACUACAUUCCAACAUUCAUAAUCCUUUUAUGUGUUCAAACACGGGGUAAAGUUUCAUCACGUACAGUAUGAUUGUGUAUUCACCUCUAGUGUACUACUCUGUCCAGUAGUACUGCACUCCUACAGGUUCUGGUAUUGAUGAUGAAGGUGAGAAGAGAAGAGGAACAUGAGCAGACAGACGGCAAAAAAACAGAAAAACAGAAAAAUGAAGGAUAUCAUUUGGAUACAGAUUUAUUAAGACAUUUGAUUGCAGUGUUGAGCUUGUUACACAAGAAAUGUAAAUUAUGACUCAAAGUAUUAUUUUUACUUCACGCUUCACACUACUUUUUAUAUGACUAAAUAUUCAAAAUAUUCUGUUAUAGCUCACAACAUUGGUACAAUCCCAAUUCCAAAAUAGUGGGGACAUUAUCUAAAAUGUAUUUAGAGUGCGACCAUUUUCACAUUUUACCCGCUGUGGCCUUGUAUUUCACUGUAAUCUAUAAGUCCUGCAGCUCAAUGGAACCAGCACAAUCAUGGCUACCCCUCCUGUCCUCUCCUCUCAGCUCUGUGUAAACAGCCUGCAGUUCUGUCUGAUGUUCAGUGAAUAUUUGCAGAAUCAAUCAUGGUUUCACAGUGUUGCUGAGGAGUUUUUAAUGUUUUUAACAGGAUCUGGUUAUUCCAAACGGUUUCUUUUUGGUAACAUUUUAAAUGUAGAAUUAAGUGAUUUUGACAGAAUAUCACAAUUUUAAACAUUGUUUUGCUCACUUAUUUUAAUGGAAACUUUCAUAACCUAUGAUCUGUUAACAGACUGAGGAUUCAGAGGACAAAACAGUAAAUAACAAUUUAACUUUUUUGGAAUUGGUAUGGUUGUAACCAUGUAAGUUUUUUUUAGAGGAAGUAAUUUUUUUUAGUAAUUUGUUGCACUACUUAUUACUGGGUGUUAUACACGUAAUAUUUUUACUGUAAUGUGCAACUAGUAAUGCAUUACUGGCCAACACUGUGUGACUGAUAGAGCAGAAGAAGAAUAGAUGCUAGAGGAAAGAAGGAAGGACAACAGUAUGUGAGAGACUGAAGGAGAGAACGGAAUCAUACCUUAAAAAAUGAGAUGGAGGAAGUCUGAAGAAAAGAUAAAAGAGAUCAGAGUGAGAAACAGUGUGUGUGUGUUUAAAGACACAUUGAUCAUAGCCAACAACUCGUCUGCAUCAUGUUCCUCAGCUCCUGAAACCUCACAAUCAACAUGUUGCUUAUUAUAUAAUUGCAGUCUCAUAAGUAUGUGCAACUCCCUAUAGAGUCAAAAGCUUUCUGUGUUUUAACUCGCAGCUUAAAGAAGGCGCAACAUUACCAAGCAGGACUGUUUUUCAUGUAAUGGACAGGUGAUACUGUCAUAACUGUGACAUGACACCAUCAUAAACGUGUCAUAAACAUUAUGUCAAUGUCAUAAACGUUUAUGACUGCUGUCAUUAAGUGUCAUUCGGUUUUUGUCAUGACAAGUUGACAUUCCUUGGGUUGUCUUGAUUAUGACAACUUGACUUUAAUCAAAGUGACAUUACCACAAAAUGUCUUUGUCAUGGCAACUUGACAUAAACAAAAUAUGUUUCUAUAUUUGUGUUUAUGGCAAGUUGGCAUAAUGA